CCGACCCUCCAAGAAAAUCAUCGCCUUUGUCAGAGCUGGGGAGCAGCCAACCCCUGCCAGAAAAACUUCUGCGGGCAUUCUAACCUCUGCAAGAGACUGGCAGCUGUUGGUGGACCGUGAACAUCAGCUGAAGUUCCCCAGCCACAUUGCAGUCACCACCCUGCGACCAGACAUUGUCCUCGUGUCUGAGUCCACCAAGCAGGUAGUGCUGCUGGAGCUGACCGUCCCAUGGGAAGACCGCCUGGAAGAAGCCUUUGAGAGGAAGCUCUCCAAGUACGCGGGACUGGUCAGUGACUGUCAGCAGGCUGGCUGGAGAGUGAGGUGCCUCCCAGUUGAGGUUGGAUGCAGGGGUUUUGCAGCCCGCUCCUUGACCAGAGCCUUCAGCACUUUGGGCAUCGAGGGAGAGAGAAGGAGGAGAGCCAUCCGCAGUACCACCGAUGCAGCAGAGAGGGCCUCAAGAUGGCUGUGGCUCAAAAGGGGAGAGCCAUGGAGUCAUGGUAGCUAGCUAGCCAUCUGGACACAAGCUGGGGUCUGAUCAGCCCCUGCUGGGUCACCUGGAGGAGGGUGUAUGAUGUUGAAAGACCCGAAACACCCGAUGAUUCCAGGCACAUCACUGAAGAUGUGUCCAGAGGCAUCAGUAGAUGUAUGUACACAGCGAAUACCCUGAGUUAUCAGUGACAGCCAGGAAAGACUGGAUGACAACCAUGAAGAGUGUGGUGACUACUGGAGAGUCAGUGACAGCUCGGAGAGACGGCAACCGGGGCAGAACGGGCUGACAACCCAAUCUGUGUCCUCUGAGAGGAGGAUUCCCAACAAAGCUACGAUGAACUUAAUGGAAAAAUACCCCCAGGGGUGCCCGAGAGGGGGGGAGGAUGAGCACCCCGGUCGGACGGACACAACGGCAACAGACCCAAGCAAUGGACAAACGACUAUGAGCAUGCAGUGUACAUGCGGUAAAGUCUGCAAGAACAUCCACGGCCUAAAGAUCCACCGAGCGAGGAUGAAGUGCCUGUUGGGAGAAGAAGCAACACAUCGCACAGGUGUGCAACCUGGUGAGACGCAGGAGGAGCCAGGCCCGGAGUCACCCCAUAGUGCCCGGAACCUCCAAGUGUUGGAAACUAAUCCCUUGGGCAUCAAAUCUGACAGGAGGCGGAUCAAAUGGCCAGCAGCUAGCAUGACGUCAUUGUGGAAGCAGUUCGAUGACGAUGUCGACCAAAUUCUGGAGGCAACGGUAAAGGGAGAGGCUGACGGGAAGCUCCAAGCUAUGACAACAAUCAUUGUCAGUAUCGCUGCUGAACGAUUCGGCGAGGAGGAGAAGAAAAGCUCCGGAACAACGUACUCAAAGAAUCAAAGAGCUGUGAGGAUCCACAACAUCAGGCAGGAGAUGAAAGCACUGAAGUCCCAAUACAAGAAGGCCGGAGAUAAGGAACGUAUUGGCCUGGCCCAGCUAAUGUGCAUCCUGCGGAAUAAGAUCAGGGUUCUUCGCCGGGCUGAGUGGCAUCGGAGGCGACGCCGUGAGAGGGCACGCAAGCGUGCUGCCUUUAUCUCCAACCCCUUCAAGUUCACUAAGGAUUUGUUGGGGCAGAAGCGCAGUGGUAAACUUGCCUCCUCGCAGGAAGACAUAGACCAACAUCUGAAGCAGACGUACAGCGACCCCGCAAGAGAGCAGGAGUUGGGAGAGUGUAACAUCCUCAUAGACCCCCCUGAACCGGAGGUGCAGUUUGACAUGUCAGAACUGCAGCUAAAGGAAGUCAGGGAGGUUGUCCGCAGAGCAAGGGCACGCUCUGCUUCAGGACCAAGUGGCACUUCAUACAAAGUGUAUAAGAACUGUCCCAAAAUCCUGCUGCGUCUGUGGAAAAUCCUGCGAAUCUUCUGGAGAAGAGGGAGGAUCCCAGAACAAUGGAGAGUAGCUGAAGGGGUGUGGAUCCCGAAGGAGGAAAACUCCACCCAGCUAGACCAGUUCCGCAUCAUCUCCCUGCUGUGCGUCGAGGCAAAGAUAUUCUUCAGCACUGUUUCCAAACGGCUGUGUACCUACCUGGGUCAGAACACCUACAUCGACACAUCUGUCCAGAAGGGAGGCAUUUCAAGAAUGCCAGGCUGUCUGGAGCAUACCGGUGUAGUGACACAGCUCAUUCGAGAGGCAAGAGAGAACAAGGGCGACCUGUCAGUGCUUUGGCUUGACCUGGCAAAUGCAUUCGGCUCCAUUCCACACAAGCUGGUUCAGCUCACAUUAACAAAACAUCAUGUCCCCAGCAGAUGUAGAGACCUCAUUGCUGAUUACUACACCAAUUUCAGGAUGAGGGUCUCCUCGGGAGCAAUAACAUCUCGUUGGCACAAGGUGGAGAUCGGUAUCAUCACAGGGUGCACUAUCUCUGUGACACUAUUCUCCCUGGCCAUGAACAUGCUCACCAAGUCUGCUGAGCCAGAGUGCAGAGGGCCUCUAUCGAAAUCCGGACAACGGCAACCACCCAUCAGGGCGUUCAUGGAUGACCUCACUGUCAUGACAGAAUCAGUCCCAGGCUGCCGGUGGAUUCUGAAGGGACUCUAAAAG